AGAGGAGGGGCUAGAGGAAUAAUGUAAUGUUUUCUUCUUUCUACAUCCAGCCUACCUGCCUUUUUCUCCCACCUUACCCUUUCACCCCCUGUUUCUGUCUCAGGACCAGGUUACAAGAGAGGGAGGGGAGUAGCUGAGUGAUUUUUUUGCCCAAUGAAAUCCACCUGCUCCUCAAGUAUGUUGUAUUAGAGAGAUUGUCCCAAGCAGAUUGCCUACCAGAGCCGACAUGGAGCGUCUAGAGAGAAGACUGCCUGUAGCUUUCCUCCUCCUUCUGCCUCUUCUGUAUGUCAGCUGUGUCUCCAAUAAAAAAACUACAGUAUCCUGGUGUGUGUUGUCGGACGCUGAAGAACAGAAGUGUCUAGAUUUGGCCGGGAAUGCCACAGCUCAGAAUAUAAGAGGAAGUUUGCAAUGUGUCCGUGGCCUGAACACCAGAGACUGUAUAAACAAAAUCAAGAAUGGGACAGCAGAUGCUGCCUCCAUGUUUGCAGAUGACAUCUAUGCUGCUGGCUUCUGCCACGGCCUCGAGCUGGCUGCAGGAGAGUCCCACAACGGAGUGGAUGGUUUUGGCUACUACGUGGUGGCGAUGGCACGUCGCUCCUCGUCAGACCUUUCCCUGCUGGAGAUGCACGAGCGUAGCUCCUGUCACCCCGGAAUACGCACCACAGUGGGGUGGACUGUUCCUAUUGGCUACCUGGUCAACACUUCCCAGAUCAGCAUAGGGGAGCAGUGCAACUUCCCCAAAGCCGUCGGCAAUUUCUUCGGUUACAGCUGUGUGCCGGGGGUCAAGGAUGCCCAGCACGACCCGAGAGGCAACAACCCCAAGAACCUGUGCGAGGCCUGUAUAGGAGACGACAACGACAGACACAUCUGUGCCAACAACCACAGAGAGAGGCACUACGGAGAGGCAGGGGCGCUGAGGUGUGUGGCAGAGAACCUCGGGGACGUGGCCUUUGUUAAACACACAACAAUCUUUGAAAAUGUGGACGGUAAGAACCAGGAGUCCUGGGCCCUGGAUCUGGAGCUGGAGGACCUGAAGCUGCUGUGCCCAGAUGGAACCGAGGCGGGUCUGGAUGAGUUUGACCGAUGCCACCUGGCAGCUGUCCCCACUAACGCUGUGGUGGUCCGCAUGGAGGACAAGUGUCGUGUCUGGAAGUACCUGGAACGUUUACAGAAUGCGUUUGGCAAUGCCACGGAGGGCUUCCGUCUGUUCAGCUCAGCAGGCUACGGCGAAUCCGAUCUGCUCUUCAACGAUGCCACCCACCACUUGCAGAGGGUUGUGGGUAGCUACACCUCUUGGCUGGGCCCUACCUACACCACCAUGCUGCAAGCCUUUGAGUGUGAGGGCUUCUGCUGAUGGAGCAGGAGGAAGACAUCCACCGUGUCACUGUCCACCUCCUACCUAUGUCUCAGUCCUCCCUUUCUGCGUCUCCUUGUUGCUAUCUGUGUCCUUCUGCCACUCCAUCUUGCCAUCUCUCAUUUUCUUUGCUUUGCGUUUGUUUUCUCCCUGCAUUUCCCCACCCAUUUUCUAUAUCACCAUGCCCCCACUCCUCCUCCAACCUAGUGCUUCACUUGACACAUGCUGUCUCUUUUUUUAAAGAGGGGUUUGAUGCAUUUUUUUAGUGUAGAUACCCCAUAACCAUCAUCUCGCCCAAUAUUGAUUUACACAUACAAAAACUCUACAAAACACUCAAGAAAUUGUGUCCUUCUUGUUGCAUUAGCCUAAGUGUCAGUAUCACCCAUACCCCCCCCCCCCUCCUCCCACAGGGUCUGUCUCUGGCACUGAACAACUGGGUGCUAUUAACUUUGAGCUUAGAGGUCUCAAUUACUGUACGUGUAUGUGUGGAUGUAAGUAUAGACUUUUAUUCCCACAGCCAUUAUUGCCCUAAUUGGCAGUCUGGCAUAUCAUACUGUUUGUGUGUAAGUGAGAAAAAGUGUGUGUCUGUAAGUUUAUGUGUUAGUGUGUUGAUAGGAUUGCUGCUUUCCCAUGGCUUGUAUAGGCUUAGGACCUUGGCUCACUGCUUUCUCACGUCUGGUAUGGUGGAACGGACUCUGCCAGCUCACAGUGUAUUGUUACACCAUACAGUAAGGAGAACCUGGAUUAGGGCUUGGGCUGCCUCCAGUUACCCAAGUGAGUCUCUCUCUCUCUUUUUUUUUUAUAGCUUCAAUAAUUUUCUCAUCUGUUCUCAUCAAAAAAUAUUUGCAUCAACCAAAACUUCCAAAAUGGGCUCUCCAGUAUCAACUGUGUCAGUCCUGCUUCAACAAAUAAAGGAAUGUAGUAUUUGGAAUAAAUUUUUUUUCCCAAGUUAUCAUUUAUACUUUAAGAUUCCAAUGGCAAGACGUUGAUAUUGACAGAGGUUCCUAACAGAAAGAUGUCCAAGACAUGGUGUUACAAGCAGAAAUUAGUCAGUGCAGUGUGUAAUAUUAUCAAAGAAUUUUCACAAAGAAGAGUCUUACUGAAUACUACACUGUGAAGAAAUGGUGAUUGUGAGAUAUUCAAGGAAGGGUAAUUAAA